UCAUUCAUUCAUACUCUUAACUCUAUAAACGAACCAAGUGUCUGUUGUUGUUGUUGUUGUUGUUAUCUUUCUCCACAUAACAAGAACAGAAAAUCCAUCACCAUCACCCAUCACCCAUCACCCAUCACCCAUGGCCAUGCCGCCUUCCAACCCCAAGAUUCACUGUUUUUUCCUUCUCUUUCCUCUCUUAAGCCUCUGCUCCUACGCCCUCUUCUUAUCCCCCACCACCCCACCACCUCCCAAGCCUACCGUCUACGACCUCCUCCCCAAGUACGGUCUCCCUCGUGGCCUUUUGCCCGACUCUGUACUCGAUUACACCCUCUCCGAGGAUGGAGACUUUGAGGUUACCCUGGAGAACCCGUGUUACAUAGACUUCGACUACUUGGUUUACUAUGACAAAAAGAUUACUGGCAAGUUGAGUAUUGGGUCUAUUACCGAGUUGAAAGGGAUUCAGGUGCAGAGAUUCUACUUCUUGUGGUUCGAUGUUGAUGAGAUCAGAGUUGACUUGCCCCCCUCUGAUAGUAUUUACUUCACUGUGGGGAUUAUUAACAAGAAACUUGAUGUGGAUCAGUUCUUGACUGUUCGUUCUUGCAAGGAUAAGGCCGUCACCCUCAGAGAGGUCGUUGAGCUUCCAACAUCAAUGGAAGAUAUCCCGAUUCUUGUGACCGAGUAGGCUGCAACAGAUAAAUGGGAGGCUGCCGCAACCAGAAGAUAUUUUCUUGGAACCCAAUGUGGGGUUAAGUGUAACUAUGUAGGUUAGAAUAUGUAGCCUAGCUCAAGCUCUCAAUGUACUUGAACAGAAGCAAGGAAGUUGGUUUUAUGUACUGUUCUGAACUUCAUUGCAUCUGAUCACCUGAUCAUUGAAAGGAGAAAUCCGUUUGUACUGAGACAGUUAUGAAUGAGAUUCUGCAAUAAAUUGACUUGAAUUCUGUUACCCAAGAAA